CGAAGGGGCGGGCAUUGUUUGCCUUAAAGGAAAAUGGUGGCGAGGAAAGUCAGACGUCGCUAGAAACAAGGAUACGGGCUGUUUCUCUGGUUUAAGCUCACAAGAGUGAAGGAAAAGCAACUCUGGAAGGAUGGCCAGCGCUGAACAGAUAAAGCAAACUGCCGUUAAGGUUCUGAGCUGCGUUGAGAAGGUUUCCUCUUUCGCCUCCUCCAUAGACCCGAUCUUUGGCAUCGUCUCCUCGUUGGUUGGUGUUGCUCGAAAGGGCCUCGACGACGACAAAGGCCACGCUUUGGACAAGGAUUUCCAGGAGGUCCGCAGCAAACUGGAGAGCAUUUCCCAGAAGAACCAGCAAUGUCUCAAGCAGAUCCGCAUCGAUGAGGUGAAUGAAACCUUUGGCAAGUACGAGGAAUACAUCAAACACCAGUACACGGCCUUCAACAACAUGGUGACCCAGAUCAAGAAGGAUCCUGACAACACUCAGCGAUUCAUGGACAACUUUGAGAAGAUUUACGAGCGAGAUAAGAGCGACUUGAGCCUUGACGUGUAUUAUCAAGGCGUCGUUGGAAACAGCCGGCUAUUUGGGAGAAAUCUGCUGAAAGUGUACAUGGACCACUGCGACAGUGACCGUGAGAUCAUGGAGUACCGCUGCUCUCACAUCAUACACCUCUUCCACAUGGGACUCAUCGCCCUCAUGGCUUACACUGCUGUUACAGAAGAUGAUGAGGAUGAGGUGCGUGAAAAGUGGGCCAAGAGGGUCGAAGAGAUCCAGACCAAGAUGCAGGAGGUGCUGAGCCAGUGCAAAGAAAAGAAGGCACCGUGAGUGAGGCGAACGACAUUGGGAGCGGGAACCAAAGCAACGCUGAGAUAUGGACCACUCUAAAAAGACAAAUCAUUUAAAAUAAAUGUAUAUGCACUUAAAUAUAUUUAAUGUUUGUCUCAAGCCAUGUUCACUAUUGCAGAAAUUACAUUGUUGGCUUCAACUGAAAACUUUUUUUUUCAAUAAAUGUGACUUU